AUCGGACCGGUUCACCGGGCACACAGAUGCUGACUUGCAGUUGAUUUUGACAUGACACUAUAAAAACUGCUAAUCUCGUAGUGAAUGCGUGUGGUUUGUGAAGCUCCAUAGUCUAGUUCGUCAUUUUUUUUUCGCCGAGAUAAAUCGAUCAAACUGCAUUUAGCGAGGGAGAGAAGAAACUUUUCUAAUAGCCCUAGAUUGCCGUGAACAAAUAGGGCGAAUGGUCUACAUGCGAACUUUUGGUUCGUCAUGCUGAUUGUGCGAUUGUGGCACAAGUACGGAAAGAGAGAAACAGUAUCUACAGCUUCGUUCCCCCUUUUUUUGAAUAAAUUGUCUAACAGUAUUUUUUAAUCAACAGCACUCUAUGUUUUCCAUUGAUCUUGUCCAGGUUCAGCUUUUUAGGCGAUGCAGGGGGAGACAUGUCAAUAAGUUCUUCAGAAAUGUUAAUAGUUGGACUUCACGAACCCUGGGAGUUGUGGGUUUCCCAUCCAUACUACUUCAACCGAAUCUGAGUGGCUUGUGCGUGUGUCCUAUACUACAACUCAGGCAAGACUUGCAGCAAUGGAAAACAUGGCUGCCCUAAUCCCAAGGCUUUUUCGUUGGCCCCGUAGUGGUGGUAUGUGUGUAGUUCCUGGUCUCACAUGGCAACACAGAAGCAGUGACUAAGUCGAGCUAGUGGCGGACAGUUUGGUCGUAUAUCCUUUCCCAACCAUACGACGAUCUCCUUGGCCGAAAUAGAUGCCCUUCAGCGAUGAAGAAUCCUCUGAAAUGCCAUCUCCGUCCUCCCAAACUCAGUUUGAUCAAGAGACGAUCGAUGUAGAGCACAUGGAUGAUGAUGACGAGUUAAAAAGUAGUCCAACUUCAUUCGGCACAGGAAAAGGAGCAUCCUGUCGCAAUCCAACUUGCGCCCUGUGCAAGAAUCAUGGCAUCAAUAGUCCUUUAAAAGGUCAUAAGCGUUACUGUCCAUUUGGACGUUGCAGUUGCGACCUGUGUCGAGUCACUCGCAAGAAACAGAAAAUCAACGCAUCUCAGGUAGCCAGUAGACGGGCCCAGCAACAAGACAGAGAACUGGGAAUUGAUAGGCCCACAAUGCAGCCUAAUACUUCUUCCGGUUCGACAACGCCAAGGACUUUCGCUUCGUCUAUUUCGCCAUCCGACUUGGGAAGAAACUCGACUAGAUCAGCUUUAGACGUGGAUCGUCCGUUAUCAGAGCCUAAUACGACUCAAUACGUGCCAUCUCAUUACGCUCCCGGCAGUGGACCUCAAGAAUUCGGGAAAAACAUGGCUCUAGAAUGCUUUCUGCUAGGCAGGAGAGCUUCUCUACUAGUAAAUUCUUUGCGUGAUUCGAAACUUUCCGUCGAGCACUUGGCUUAUCUUGAUAAUGACGUUUGUACGGCGAUUUGUAUCAUUCGAGACGAGGUCUCUACUCAAUUGAACGAUAUCUAUCAAUAUCUUAUCGAUAGAUUGCAGCGGGAACAGAUUUCUAAUGCCAGUGCGAAAUCCACAGUGGCUGUUCCACCAUACAUUGCCAACCAAUUUGCAAUUCUUUCGGAACAGUCCAAUCGAGCGACGACGGAAGAUGCGUUUAGCGCCGCUCAACUGUACGGUCACGCCAGCCGAAACACCGUCAUUUGUCCACCACGUCAUCUUUCUCUUCCUAUGUAUCCCUAUGUUAAUCAAUGAUUGGGUCCUUAGGUUAUUUGCAAACGAAAGUUUAAUAAAAACAAGAAAAAUCUUAUUUACCUGUACGUUUUCCCCCUCUCUAAUUAAUUCCAUUGGCUUGGCGUUUUUGUUUUCUUCCUGGUUUUAAUUUUUGCAGUUAUCUGUGAUGAAUGUACAAUAUCUUUAUGCGGCCCAUUCUGUAAUCUGGAUGUCGAUUGAAAAGAAAAAUCGAAUAUAUUGACUGAAUACACUAAACCCCAACAACAAA